GAAGCGGAAGUUCCCCUCAGAGCCUCGCUUCCUGGGGGGGGGGGGAAGGACGCCGCGGCGCGGGAGGAGGAGGAGGAGGAGGCGGCGGCGGCGUCGGAGGCUCGCCGGAGUCCCGGCAAAAAGCGGGGCGCAUCCCGGAGGAGCCCGAGGGUCCCCGGAGGGGGCCGCUGGGCCCCGCCGAUGGCGCUGAGCCUGGACCGCGAGGCCUUCUCGCGGCGGCUGCGGCGGCUCUACGCCAGCUGGCAGAAAGGGGAGGAUGAGUUCGGGGGCGUCGACGCCAUCGUGGUGGCCGUGGGGGUGGACGAGGAGAUCGUCUACGCCAAAUCCACGGCGCUGCAGACAUGGCUCUUUGGCUACGAGCUGACCGACACGGUGAUGCUGUUCUGCGAGGAGCGCGCUCUCUUCCUGGCCAGCCGCAAGAAGGUCGAGUUCCUCAAGCAGGUGGCCCAGGGCAAGGGCAACGAGGGGGCCACCAACGGGCUGCCGGCCAUCACCCUGCUGGUCCGCGAGAAGAACGAGAGCAACAAGGCGAACUUUGAGAAGCUGCUGGAGGCGCUGCGGGGCAGCCGGGCCGGGCGGCGCCUCGGCGUCUUCGCCAAGGACAAGUUCCCCGGCGACUUCAUGAAGAGCUGGAACGACGCCCUCAGCAAGGAGGGCUUCGAGAAGGUGGACGUGAGCGCGGCGGUGGCGCAGGCCAUGGCGGCCAAGGAGGAGGGGGAGCUGCAGCUGAUGCGCAAGGCGGCCGCCAUCACCUCCGAGGUCUUCACCAAGUUCUUCAAGGAGCGCGUCAUGGAGAUCGUCGACGCCGACGAGAAGGUGCGCCACAGCAAGCUGGCCGAGGCGGUGGAGAAAGCCAUCGAGGAGAAGAAAUACCUGGCUGGGGCCGACCCCUCGGCCGUGGAGAUGUGCUACCCGCCCAUCAUCCAGAGCGGCGGCAACUACAACCUCAAGUUCAGCGUCGUCAGCGACAAGUCCCACAUGCACUUCGGGGCCAUCACCUGCUCCAUGGGCAUCCGCUACAAGUCCUACUGCUCCAACCUGGUGCGGACGCUGAUGGUGGAUCCGUCGCAGGACAUGCAGGAGCACUACGGCUUCCUGCUGACCCUGCAGGACGUGCUGCUGAGGGAGCUGCGGCACGGCGCCCGUCUGUGCGACGUCUACGCGGCCGUGAUGGACGUGGUCAAGAAGCAGCGGCCGGAGCUGCUGGGCAAGGUCACCAAGAAUUUGGGCUUUGCCAUGGGCAUCGAGUUCCGCGAGGGCUCCCUGGUCAUCAACAGCAAGAACCAGCAGCGCCUCAAGAAGGGGAUGGUGUUCAGCGUCAACGUGGGCCUCUCGGACCUGCCCAACCGCGAGGCCAAGCGGCCGGAGGAGCGCAGCUACGCGCUCUUCCUGGGCGACACCGUCAUGGUGGACGAGGAGGGCCCGGCCGUGGUGCUGACGGCCGUCAAGAAGAAGGUGAAGAACGUCGGGAUCUUCCUCAAGAACGAGGACGAGGACGAGGAGGAGCCGGACAAGGACGCGGCCGAAGAUCUGCUGGGGAGGAGCUCCCGGGCUGCCCUGCUCACCGAGAGGACACGGAACGAGCUGACGGCCGAGGAGAAGCGCCGCGCCCACCAGAAGGAGCUGGCCACGCAGCUGAACGAGGACGCGCGGCGGCGCCUGACGGAGCAGCGCGGCGAGCAGCAGACCCAAAAGGCGCGCAAGUCCAACGUGUCGUACAAGAGCGCGGCGCUGCUGCCCAAGGAGCCGCACGUGCGCGAGAUGAAGAUCUACAUCGACAAGAAGUACGAGAGCGUCAUCAUGCCCGUCUUCGGCAUCGCCACGCCCUUCCACAUCGCCACCAUCAAGAACAUCAGCAUGUCCGUGGAGGGCGACUACACCUACCUGCGCAUCAACUUCUUCUGCCCGGGCAGCGCCCUGGGCCGCAACGAGGGCAACAUCUUCCCCAACCCCGAGGCCACCUUCGUCAAGGAGAUCACCUACCGGGCGUCCAACCUGAAGCCGCCGGGUGAGUCGACGGUGCCGGCGUCGAACCUGCAGAACGCCUUCCGCAUCAUCAAGGAGGUGCAGAAGCGCUACAAGACGCGCGAGGCCGAGGAGAAGGAGAAGGAGGGCAUCGUCAAGCAGGACUCGCUGGUGAUCAACCUGAACCGCAGCAACCCCAAGCUGAAGGACCUCUACAUCCGGCCCAACAUCGCCCAGAAGCGCAUGCAGGGCGCGCUCGAGGCGCACGUCAACGGGUUCCGCUUCACGUCGGUGCGCGGCGACAAGGUGGACAUCCUGUACAACAACAUCAAGCACGCCGUGUUCCAGCCCUGCGACGGCGAGAUGAUCAUCGUGCUGCACUUCCACCUCAAGAACGCCAUCAUGUUCGGCAAGAAGCGGCACACGGACGUGCAGUUCUACACCGAGGUGGGCGAGAUCACCACGGACCUGGGCAAGCACCAGCACAUGCACGACCGCGACGACCUCUACGCCGAGCAGAUGGAGCGGGAGAUGCGGCACAAGCUGAAGACGGCCUUCAAGAACUUCAUCGAGAAGGUCGAGGCGCUGACCAAGGAGGAGCUCGAGUUCGAGGUGCCCUUCCGGGAGCUGGGGUUCAACGGCGCCCCCUACCGCAGCACGUGCCUCCUGCAGCCCACCAGCAGCGCCCUCGUCAACUGCACCGAGUGGCCCCCGUUCGUGGUGACCCUGGACGAGGUGGAGCUGAUCCACUUUGAGCGCGUGCAGUUCCACCUGAAGAACUUCGACCUGGUCAUCGUCUACAAGGACUACGCGCGCAAGGUGACCAUGAUCAACGCCAUCCCCGUGGCCUCGCUGGACCCCAUCAAGGAGUGGCUCAAUUCCUGUGACCUGAAGUACACGGAGGGCGUGCAGUCGCUGAACUGGACCAAGAUCAUGAAGACGAUCGUGGACGACCCCGAGGGCUUCUUCGAGCAGGGCGGGUGGAGCUUCCUGGAGCCCGAGGGAGAGGGCUCGGAGGCGGAGCCGGGCGAGUCGGAGUCGGAGCUGGAGGACGAGACCUUCAACCCCUCGAGAGGAGACGAGGAGGAGGAGGAGGACAGCGACGAAGAUUACUCCUCCGAGGCCGAGGAGUCCGAAUACUCCAAGGACUCUGGCAGCGAGGAGGAGAGCGGCAAGGACUGGGACGAGCUGGAGGAGGAGGCGCGGAAAGCCGACCGCGAGAGCCAGUACGAGGAGGAGGAGGAGCGGGGGCGGGGCCGGAAGCGGAAGGGCCCCCCCGGGCGGGGCCGGCCCCACCCCCCCCAAGCGGAAGCGGAAGUGACGUCACGGCCCCGGAACCGCCCGGAUUCACCCCAAAAACGGCCGGGGGGAGGGGGGGGGGAGGGGAGGGGAGUUUGGGGGGAGAAAGUGGGAUUUGGGGAACGAACCCCAAAUUUGGGGCACAAAUCCCAAAUUUGGGGGAAAUGAACCCAGAAUUCCGAGAAAAUCCCAAAUUUGGGGGAAAAAAAAAAAACAAAUUUAGGGGAAAACCCCAAAGUUUAAGGGAAAAAUCCCAAAUCGGGGGGAAAAAAACCCAAAAUUUGGGGAAACAAACCCGAAAUUUAAGGGAAAAAUCCCAAACUCUGGAGGAAUAAACCCAAAAUUUAAGGGAAAAAAUUCCAAAUUCUGGGGCGAAAAUCCCAAAUUUGGGGGAAAUAAACUCAAAUUCUGGGGAAAUAGACCCAAAAUUUAAUGGAAAAAUCCCAAAUUUCAGGGAAAUAAACCCAAAAUUCUGGGGGUAAAACCCCAAAAUUUAAGGGAAAAAUCCCAAAUUUGGGGGAAAUAAACCCAAAAUUUGGGAAAUAACCCCAAAAUUCUGAGGGGAAAAAUCCAGAUUCUGGGGGGAAAAUCCCAAAAUUUGGGGGAAAUAACUGAAAUUUGGGGAAUAAACCCAAACUUUAAGGGGAAAAUCCCGAAUUUGUGGGAAAUAAACCCAAAAUUUUGGAAUUAAACCUGAAUUUGGGGAAUAACCCAAAAAUGGGGAAAUAACCCCAAAAUUUGGGAAAUAAACCUGAAAUUUAGGGGAAGGGAAAAUCCCAAAUUUGGGGGAAAUAAACCCAAAAUUUUGGAAUUAAACCCAAAUUUGGGGUAAUAAAGCCUGAAAUUGGGGGGAAAAAUCCCAAAUUUCAGGAAAAUAAACCCAAAUUUCUGGGGAAAAAUCCCAAACUUGGGAGAAAUAAACCCAAAAUUUGGGAAAUAAACCCGAAAUUCUGAGAAAAAAACCCCAAAUUUGGGAGAAAUAAACCCAAAAUUUGGGGUAUAAACCCAAAAUUUAGGGGGGAAAACCCAAUUUUGGGUGAAAAAAACCCAAUUUUGGGUGAAAAAAAACCCAAAUUUUGGGAAUUCUGCUCCCUUUGGGGAUUUGCUCCAAUUUCCCCCGAAUUUCCCCCAAAUUUGCGAAGUUUGGGGGAUCCCAGUGGGAAUUUUGGGGCUGGUUUUUCCUUUUUUGGGGUUUUUUGGGGUCUAUUUAGAAUUUUUUGGGUCUUUUUUGGUUUUUUGGAGUUUUUUAGGUAUUUUUGGGUCAAAAUUGGGGAUUUUUGGGUGGGAUUUUGGGGUCAUUUCUUGGGAUUUUGGGAUUUCCCCGUGGAUUUUCAGGUUGAUUUCCCAGGAUUUUGGGAUUUCCCUGCAGAUUUUGGGUUCAUUUCCCCGGAUUUGGGGUUUUUAUGUGGAUUUUUGGGUUCAUUUCCCACAAUUUGGGAUUUUUGGGUUCAUUUCCCCAGAUUUUGGGAUUUUUGAUUUCCCCAAAUUCUGGGUUUUUCUCUUGGAUUUUUGGGUUCUUUUCUCGGGAUUUUGAGAUUUUUGAGUUCAUUUCCCCAGAUUUUGGGGUUUUUUAGUUCAUUUCCCUGAAUUUUGGGUUUCCCCUUGAAUUUUUGGUUUCAUUUCCAGGAUUUUGGGAUUUUCCUGCAGAUUUUUGGGUUCAUUUCCCGGGAUUUUGAGAUUUUUGAGUUCAUUUCCCCGGAUUUUGGGUUUUCCCAUGAAUUUUGGGUUCAUUUCCCAGGAUUUUGGGAUUUUUGGGUUCAUUUCCAGGAUUUUGGUUUUUCCCCUUGAAUUUUGCGUUCAUUUCCAGGAUUUUGGGAUUUUCCUGCAGAUUUUGGGUUUUCCUGCAGAUUUUUGGGUUCAUUUCCCCAGAUUUUGGGGUUUUCCCAUGAAUUUUUUGGGGCAUUCCCCAGGAUUUUGGGAUUUCCCUUUGACUUUUGGUUCAUUUCCAGAAUUUUGGGAUUUUUGGGUUCAUUUCCCCGGAUUUUGGGAUUUCCCUUUGACUUUUGCGUUCAUUUCCCCGGAUUUUGGGAAUUCCCGUUGACUUUUGGGUUCAUUUCCCCAGAUUUUGGGAUUUUUGGGUUCAUUCCCAGGAUUUUGGGGUUCCUGCCCCACUCCCGACCUCUCCCCCCGGAUCUCCCCAAUUCCCCCAAAUUCCCCCGAAUUUCCCUUUUUUUGUCGUUGCUUUCUGUAUUUAUGGGGGGCUCCCCCUUUUUGGGGGGAUUUCCCCCGAUUUUGGGGCUUCCCCCCCCGGGCCGGGGCCUCCCCUCCCCCUUUUCCAAACGUUCAAUAAAAAUCUCGUUUUUUUAA